CAGAAAGAAAGAGCACCAGAGAUAGAUGGGGAGGUAGAUUGAGGGAACUUACAACUGACCAUCUGAGGACAAUACAAAUGACAUAUGGACACAUUGCAUUAUCAGAGAGAGAAAUAAUACAGUAAGAAAAAACAGAGCGUGUGGUUGACUGGGAGAGAAUGAUUGAGAGUUGGAUGGAUUGGAUGCUGACUUGGAAGGAAAGUAAAUUCAAUUUGGGUUUGAAUGGGACACGCAACCUAUUAACUGCUAGUGGAGUUGGGAGAAGAGAGAGGCUGAAGGUAUCAGGCAGGGACGUUUACCAAAACGAGAGAAGAGCUUCUAAUAUUUUCUAAAGUGCCCAAGAAUCAACUUCUACGACUUCUAAGAUGUCUCCUCUACAACUGUUCCUUCUUUUCCUGUGCUGUCUUCCUUUGGCAGGUAUGUAAGAAAAGGAUGGAGAUGAGAAAGUUUGAGGAAAAUAGAUAAGCUUUAUAAUGCCUAGGAAUACUCAAUUCACUAUGUUUAACAAGGACAACUCUCUUUUUAGAUUCGACCCAUAUCUCAAUAGCAGGAGAAAUGCAUUGAGAUAAUAAUGCUACAUUAUCUAGUUAGUCAACCCGGUCUCAGAGCAUUUCGUAUUAUUCUGUAUGUAAGCCCACUCCAUUUAGUAUGAUAUGUUCCCUUUGGUAUGGUUACGUAAGCCAGAUGGUUACUUAAGGUCAGGGUGGAUGGGUGGGCUUAUAACGCAAAUGUCUAGCAACCCAAAGGUUGCGAGUUUGAAUCUCCUCAGAGAAGAUUUUAGCAACUUUUCAACUACUUACUACUAUUUAGCUACUUUGCAAAUACUUAGCAUGUUAGCUAACCCUUCCCAUAACCUUAACCCUUUUAGAUAACCCUUCCCCUAACCUUAACCCUUUAACCUAACUCCUAAACUUAACCCUAACCUUAACCCUAACCCCUAGCCUAGCUAACGUUAGCAAGCUAACUAACGUUAGCCACCUAGCUAGAAUUCGUAACAAAUCAUACGUUUUGCAAAUUCGUAACAUAUUGUACAUUUUGCAAAUUGGUAACAUAUUGUACUUUUGGCAAAUUCAUAACAUAUAAUAUGAAUUGUAAUUCGUAGCAUAUCAUACGAAAUGGGUGAUGGACAUCUACAAAUUAAUACAUAACAUACGAAACGUAACAUAUCAUACUACAUUUUGUGUUUUACCCCCAUUAGUAUGAUGUACAUCUUAUAUUUAAUACAUAAUCUUAUUGUAUGUUGGUCCCUUUCUUUAUUAGCCCCUCUGUGCUGUUACACAUGUGUGUUUCCUGCCAUCUCUCCCAUGGACUGCCUCAAGUUCCCUCAGGAGUGUCCUGACGGACAGCGCUGCCUAGCUAGCACUGCAGUGGGGACGCGAGGUGAGUGCAGGCUGUGCCUUUGUGUGUGUAUGCGUGUGUGCGUGCAUGCAUGCGUGGGUGCAUGCGUGUGUUUGUCUAUGUGUGUGGGCAUUGGGGACAGUAUUGGGUUUCCGGUGGAGGUGGCAUGACAUAAACUUAAGAGAAUAUACAAUAAUGUUUCAUGAUUGUGAAUCGGAUUGAAUAACAAACUUGAGUGGCACUGCAAUUGUGUAACGUUAACUGAAGUUGAAGAGUGUGGGAGAUGUUUUAUGGGCCACUGUGCCAGCCUUGCCUUCCUACUGGAUAUUCACUACAUAAUGUGAGACAAAAGACUAGCUGAAAAGACCAAAUGUCACCACAAUUCUCUCACCAAGCCGGUUGUUAGCUCUCUAAUGCCUGUGAUGCCAUCAAAUGAUCUCUAAAAAUAGCCAAGCGCUAAAUGAGUGGGACACAGGAUUCUGUGUGCCUCUGAGGAUAAGAGGAAAGGGACUGCUCUGAAAAGUAUUUAUGCCACAUAAUUCAAUUGAGGUCAGUAAUUUGCAGUGAUUUAAUGUAUUGUGUUAACACCUUUCUAAAUGCAGAGCUGGUGUGGUCUAUCCACUGACUUUUGGUGGGCCAAUUGUAUGUCUCUUAGUGUGACAGUAAUACAUCACAAUGUCUGUCAGUCUAGCAAUUACACUAUCAUCUCCUCUUGUCUCUAUUUCAGCCAGUGCACUGACAAAUAGGCCUCGACUUACUGAAGUGAAAUAUACUGUACUGUAUGGAUACAACUCUGAUAUGACCCUUUUCCCCAUCUGUAGGCUCCCUGCGUCUGCUCCUGUAUGAGAAGAGCUGUGCCAUUCCCUCUCAAUGUGGUCUAUCUGGGGAGAAACAUGCUGCAGGCCUGAACUUCACCUACCAAAACGACUGCUGUGAAACGGACCUGUGCAACGGGGCUAUGGCCCAUGCUGCCCCCAUCUGGAGGGGAGGUGCACUGUGCAUCCUGCUUAUUUUCUCUCUCAUACUGGGCUGAUAUACUCAUUUAUUGCAUUUUAUAUGUACAUUCAUGAUCAUACAGUAACAUGCACAACCUAUACUGCAAUGGGGUGAAUCCCAAUUCAGUAUAGAGAUACACAGUGUGACACACUGACAGUGCCUUGUUUACAUGUAGGCUUAGAACUCACAUUCAAUAUAUGCACACGCACGCCCACACACACACACGGCACGGAAAC